CUGCUCUACGUACCGCUUUACAAGCUCGUGUUUCAGUUGAAGAACCGAAAAAAUCGCGCCCUGCGAACCGUGGGGGAAAGAGAAAACGUGUCAGCGACAAGGGUCUCAAGAAUGAAGGCAGCUCUGUAUCUCAUCAGAAAACUGAAACCAAGGACGAACAGACAAAUUCUUCAAUUCCCAAGUUCCGACAGCCAGAAUUGAUUACUGGCGCUCAAUUGAAGGACUAUCAACUGGAGGGCGUUGAGUGGAUGGUCAGCUUGGAUAAAAACGGAGUUUCUGGCAUUUUAGCGGAUGAAAUGGGCUUGGGAAAAACUCUACAAACUAUCGCUUUCAAUGCUUAUCUCAGAGAAUUACGAAACUACAAGCCAUUUCUUAUCGUUUGUCCACUAAGUGUUCUUCAUAAUUGGAUUGAAGAGUUUCAAAAAUUCGCCCCUGACAUUCCAGUAUGUAUGUAUCACGGCACUCCUACCGAACGUGAGGAGCUAAGACGGACGGUCAUGCGAGAGCCAGAACCAGAGGUUCAGGAUCGUACCAUAAAGAAGGACAAGCUGGAUGGAAAAUUAACGGCGAAGCUCAGCGCGCGCUCCAGAAAACGUGUCAAGGUCGGGGGAAACAAAAAUAUAUCUGAUACAGAAGAUGAUGGUGCACAUGCAAAUGAAAUUGUACUCGUAGAAGAUGAAGAUGUCGGCUCAACCACUCGCCAGACUGAAGUAACUUUUCCGGUCGUGAUCACCACUUAUGAGAUGAUCAUAAGAGACCGCAUACAUCUAGGAAACUAUAAAUGGGGAUAUAUCGUUGUAGAUGAAGGACAUCGAUUGAAGAAUCUAGACUGCAAACUCAUGAAGGAGAUCAAAAAGUACUCGAGUGCUGGACGAAUGAUCCUGACGGGAACGCCUUUGCAUAAUAAUCUGGCAGAGCUGUGGUCUUUGCUAAACUUUAUCUUACCUGAUAUAUUUGACGAUCUGGAUUCUUUCCAGGAAUGGUUUAGCCUGGGUAAAAUGCAGAUGCAUUUGUCUUCUGAACGUUCUUCGGUGCUCAUUCAUACCUUGCACGGCAUCCUCAAACCCUUCCUUUUGCGCCGUCUCAAAGCCGAUGUCGAGGGACUCCUCCCUCCGAAAAAGGAAUAUGUCCUGUACGCCCCUUUGAGUAUCAGGCAACGCGAGUUGUAUGACACAAUUGUCGCUGGCGGUUUACGAAACUAUCUCAUCAACGGAAAAAAUAACGAAAUUGCAAAUAAUAAGGAAAAAGCGAAUGUGGAUAUGAACGCGCCUAGAAAGCUCAGAGGCAAGAGAAAAAGAUACGAUGUUGAUGGGGACGACGAUGAAUACUUCGAGAUGUUAGAGAACAGGGAAGGAGUAAAAACUCGAAAUGAAGACGCAGAAGAAAUUGGGAGGGAUCAUAGAUAUAAGGCUACCUUAAAGCAGGUGAAUAAUAUGAAGCUACAGAAUGCUGUCAUGCAACUGCGUAAAGUCUGUUCCCAUCCAUUCUUGUUCGACUGGCCGCUCGACCCAGUGACUCAACAACCAAUCAUGAACGAAGAGUUAAUCAACCUGAGCGGGAAGAUGAUGGUCCUUGAGCGCCUUUUGGGCGAAUUGUUUAGAAGAAAGCAUAAAGUGUUACUUUUCAGCCAGUUCACAACGAUGUUGGAUAUCAUCGAAGACUGGGCUACUGAGCUUAAGGAAUGGUCAAUCUGCCGUAUUGAUGGGUCUACGCCGCCGUUGGAACGACGGGCGCAGAUGAAUAGAUUUCAACAAUCUGGCGAUGCGCCUGAUGCGCCUAUGCUUUUCUUGCUCAGUACGCGUGCAGGUGGUCUUGGGAUUAACCUAACUGCUGCCGAUACCGUUAUCUUCUAUGACCAGGACUGGAAUCCUCAGAUGGAUGUGCAGGCUCAAGAUCGAGCUCAUCGCAUUGGCCAGAAGAAGCCCGUUUUGAUAUUCAGACUUGUUAGCGCGCAUACAAUUGAAACGAAGAUAAUGCAGCGGGCUACUGAAAAACGGAAGCUCGAGGCACUGGUUAUUGCUAAAGGCAAGUUCAAGAUGCCUGGCUUAGCUGCUGGACGUAGCAGACCUGCGACCAUGGCUGAGAUGGCCGCAUCGCUCCUCCGGAUCGAAGGGGAACAAAUUCAAGUGGUGCCCAAUACCGAGGCAGGCAAAGCUAGUGUCUUGAGUGACGAAGACCUGGAAAUGCUAUUAGACAGAAGCGAUGCUGUGUUUGCGGACAGAGGCAAGGGGUGGACGAGUGGUGGGAAUACGGACGAUAUUAAGGGUGAAUCGCAGGGCAAGACUGGGAAGAGGGCUGCGUUCGCAGUGUAUGAUGCUCCUGCGGAACAAGGCAACGAUGCAUUGGCUACGCUUAUGGGAGAAGACAUUGAACAGUACUGAAAGAUGCCAACAACAUCUGAUCAGGUGAAAGUAUCCCAUGUACCUUACUACUUGUAGCAAUUCCUACAAAUCCCCAUCAUAUUCAGCUUGAUUUCCUGUGUUUCAUAGAUUGCAAUCGAUCUGCCAAACAGCCUUGGGUCGUAUUUUAUUAAUAGAGGUAUUUGUCGACAACUGAAACGUCGAGGGCUAGCGCUUGACUUU